GCGAGGUACUUCGGAGAAGGAUAAAUAACGUUACAUUUCGCAGUCUUUCAUAUUUUCAAGAAACUACUGGAUUUUCCUUGUUGACACGAGAACAAAGUUUGUAAGAGACGAUGUCGUUUCGAGAAAUGUUUUCACUUAUACAUGGACGAGACCAGGUACGAAGACAGUACGAAGAGAGGCACGAAAGGUUGAAUCGUUUAAGCGUGACAGGAAAUGCAGUUAACUUGAAUAAGAAAAGUACUUAUAUACGAUCGUUGGUCGAUCAAGCAUUGGAAUUGAUUGAUCCCACUCCUAAUAUUCACACAAUGUUUGUACAAUUUAAUGCUAGUUUCUUUUGGAAUACUUUAUCUCAUGUCGAAGUAAAAUGGAGCAAUAGAAUGACAAGUUGUGCUGGAGUUUGUCGCUUUAACUCGCAUAAUAAGGAGUGUACAAUAUCACUCAGUGCACCACUUCUUAAACUCAGGCCAAGGAAGGAUCUGGUCGAAACCUUAUUGCAUGAGAUGAUUCAUGCAUAUUUAUUCAUAACAAAUAAUGAUAAGGACCGGGAUGGUCAUGGACCAAAUUUUUGCAAACACAUGCACAGGAUAAAUAAAGAAGCGGGAACCAAUAUAACAAUUUAUCACAACUUUCAUGAUGAAGUAAAGCUGUACAAACAGCAUUGGUGGAAAUGUAACGGACCUUGUCAGCACAAACCUCCAUUUUUUGGGACGGUUCGACGAAGCAUGAAUCGUCCACCCGGUCCAUCAGACUUCUGGUGGCAUGGACAUCAACAAAGUUGUAAUGGUCAAUUUACGAAGAUCAAAGAACCAGAGAAUUUCAAAUCACGUUCAAACCAAAGUGAUAAGUUAAAGAAUAAAAGAAUAACUGAUUGGUUACCAACGGACGUGGCUAAAAUGUUUCGAAGGGACAAUGUUAAGCCUAGUACUAGUAAAGACAAUGGUGGAACAAGUUUAUCUCAUACUGUGAAUGAGAAAGAUACUCAAGAUUUGUCACUGGGAAUGAAGAAACUUGGCAGCAAUAGUAAUAAUGUACAUGGGUUGAUACUCGAACUACCCAGUUCGAGUGAAAACGCAAAGAAGGAUGAUGCAAAGAAUGUUUCCAAGAAUCUCCAGUUUUCUUGUUCUGGUGUUGUGGGAGGCAGUAGCAGUGGUCAGAGUAAUCUUUUAACCAAAUUCAAACUAAAUAAUGAUAAUAGUCCUCGAGGUGAAUCAGGUAGAAGAGAUUCAACUUCGACAUUGGUCGCGGGACAAGCAACUGCUAAUGAUCCGGUUUUAAAUCUAAGUCAUCCAAGAAAUAAUUCCAUAUCUUGUCCUAUCUGUAACAUACCUAUGACUUUAGAAAAUAUAUAUAGACAUAUAGACUCAUGCCUAAUAAACGAUACUACAUCACUGAUUGAUGAGAUUAAUAAUAAUAUCAAUAAUAAUAACAACAAUGAAGAGUUAAUAUUGCCUAUUCGAACGUUUUCUACACCAGUGAUAGAACAAAAUGUUGAUACGAACACCGUUCCUAAUAAGCGCUUAAGAUCGGAUAAUUCGAACGAAACAGUCGAAUGCGUCAUUUGUCCCGUUUGUAAUAAAAGAUUACUGGCCACAGAUAUUAACCAGCAUCUUGAUGAAUGUCUAUUAGAAGCAGAUACAGCUCGUAAAGCUGCCAUUCCUUCCACCUCUCGUGCGUCAUUUGAUGAUAGCUUAAUUACUAUAAACAGUUCUUCUAAUUCUAGUUUGGAUAAUUCUGUAUUGAUGGAGAAUCCACAACCAAGUACUAGCACCUGUAAUAACGAUGUAGUUGAUUUUGAACGAAAAUGUUUAGUUUGUAACGCACACAUUGCACCUGAAAUGUCAUUAAAUGAACAUCUCGAAGAAUGCAUUGGAAGCGUUUUUAAUGAUGAGAUAAUAAUAGAUGAUAAGGAGGACGAUAACGAUGAUGCGCUUGCUGUAGAAAAUAAUUCCACGGAAAAUAAAUAUCCCUGUCCAGUAUGUAUGCUGGUAAUAUCGGAAAAUCUUAUGAACCAGCAUUUAGAUAUGUGCCUUAAAAACGAAUAAGUGAUCUU